AUGCUUAAAUAUUCUAAAGCUUUAAGAGUAACAGGUGGCUCUCUAAGAGCUGCUUGUCGUUUCCAAUCCACCAAAUCUCCUGCUAACUUAGAAGCUGGUUCAAAUGAUGCCAGUGCCGCUGAAGAUGCUAGUACCACUAUCUUAGCUGAUAAAAGAGAUGCCAGUACAGUCAUUUCUGCUUUUGAAGAUUCAUCAAGAGCUGCUACUUGGUUAACUGCAUUAGCUGAAAGAAAACGUCAAUUAGCACAAGGGAAAGUUAUUGAUUCAUUUGCUUAUAAUACACCACAAGUUCCAGUUAUUUCAGAUAAAACAAGAUCAGAAUCAUUCAGUUAUUUAACAUUAAAUUUCAAAGAAGAUCUUUGGUUAGCUGAUUUCUAUGUUAAUGCAGCAGGUAGAUUACGUAUGGGUCAAAUUUUCCAAGAUCUUGAUGCUUUAGCUGGUAGAAUCAGUUAUAGAUUCGUUAGCCCUGCUGCUCCAAUCAUUGUUACUGCACAAGUUAGUCGUAUCUAUAUGUUGAAAAGAAUUAAUGAAAUUGCUGAUAAAAACUUUAUUUUAUCAGGUUCAGUUGUUUGGACUGGUAGAUCAUCAAUGGAAAUUUUAAUUAAAGCUUCCACUACAAAUGAAUCAGUUAAAAAAAACUUAAAAGAAGAAGAUAUUAAAGAAGAAGAUGUUUUCUUAACUGCUUCAUUCACUUUCGUUGCAAGAAAUCCAGAAACUCAUAAAUCAUUCCCAAUUAACAGAUUAUUACCAAUUUCUGAAAAUGAAUGGAUUGAUUAUAGAAGAGCUGAAUCUCAAAAUGCUGCUAAAAAAUUAGCUAAAAAUAAAGACUCAUUAGAUAAACAACCUCCAACUUCUGAAGAAUCUCAAUUAAUCCAUAAAAUGUUUUUAGCUUCAAAAGAAUUAGCCAAAUAUAAUGAAUUACCAAAAAAUGUUUCCUUGAUGAAAGAUACUAAAACUCAAUCAACCUCAUUUAUGCAACCUCAAUAUAGAAACAGACAUUCUUAUAUGAUUUUUGGUGGUUAUUUGAUGAGACAGACCUUUGAAUUGGCUUAUUGUACUGCUGCUUCAUUCUCAUCAUCAUUCCCAAGAUUUGUUUCAUUAGAUACUACAACUUUUAAAGCCCCAGUCCCAGUCGGUUCAGUUCUUUUCAUGAAUUCAACUGUUGUUUACACUGAACAUAUUCAUCAACAAGAAUUUAAACCAUUAUCAAAAGAAUUAGCUGAAGGUUCAUUCUCAGAAGAAAGUUUCUUACAUUUUGAUGCUCGUCCAACUAAUGUUUUGAGUAAUGAUCCAAACAAUUUCUUAAACAGUCCAGGUACUUUAAUUCAAGUUAAAGUUGAUACAUCAGUUAAAGCUUUAAAUGAAAGCAAAGAAACACCAUCAGGUUCAUUUGUUUAUUCAUUCUUUGUUCCAACUGAAGCUGAAUCUGAUUCUAUCAAAAACCCAGGUUUCUCUUCUGUUAUCCCUGAAACUUACUCUGAAAUGAUUGAAUUCAUUGAAGGUAGAAGAAGAGCACAAGAAACUGCUCGUUAUGCUCAACAAAUUCAAAAUUGA